CGCCGGCGCGGAUUAUCAUCAGUGAGUGAAACUCCAGACGAGACCGUGCUUGCGGUGGCGUUUUACCCCUUCAUCUUCUGCGUCGAGUCUGUAACCGAUAGAUUGACAAAGUCCCAACCGAGACAACACCUCAGACGUGCUCAUUCACCCCACGACACACAGCACAGGAUAUGACAACCCCUAAAACUGGAGUCUUUUCCGAAGCUGGCCUGGAAGAAUAACGUUAAAAGCUCUCUGACAGACGUGUCGCGCCACAUGUUCACCAUGGCCGCAUUGCUGUGUCUUUUCUUCUCUUUGCUUGGCCUGGCUGUCAUGGGAGCAGUGAAGAACUGCCAUCCGCAAUGUCGGUGUGAAGUGGAGAGCUUCGGCCUCUUCCACAGUUUCAGCCUUACCAAAGUGGACUGCAGUGAAAUCGGCCCCGGGAACACUCCUGUCCCCAUCCCUCUGGACACAUCCCAUCUCGACCUCUCCUUAAACUCCAUCACCUCCAUCAGCGACUCGAUGCUCUCCGGACCGGGUUACACCACCUUGGUUAGUCUGGACCUAAACGGAAAUCUAAUUUCACAUCUUAGUCCCAAAGCGUUCUCUAAACUUCGCUACCUUGAGACGUUGGACCUCAGUAACAACGCUCUUGAGGAUCUUGCCGACGGCUGCUUCACCGGACUCCCUCUGGUUGAGCUGGACCUGAGUGAAAACCGAUUCAAAGAGUUUAGCCUUGAUCUGCUCACCACCAGAGUACAGGAUGUACCAAUCAUGGUGGACCUGUCGCGAAACCUUCUUACCUCUGUUUCCAGGAAGACCCCUAGCCAUCCGUUGAACAUCAAGAGUCUUAUGCUGGCAGAGAAUCAAUUGAGGAAGGUGCCAAUGCUGAAUGGGAUCCCACUUCAGUAUCUGAACCUGGAUGGGAAUCUCAUCUCCAGCAUUGAUGCAGGGGCCUUUGAUUCAAUGACAGAACUGGUUCACCUGUCUCUCAGCAGCCUGUCGGAUCUGACCCUCAUUCAACCAGGUGCUUUUAGAGGUUUGAAGAACCUACAAGUCUUAGACUUGUCAAACAACAGCCGGCUCAAGACAUUGAGCCCGGAUGUAUUUAACGGACUUCUCUCUUUACAAGAGCUCAAUUUGUCCCAUAAUCCUGUCACACCAUUAUCAAGGACUGUCUUUAACCAGAUGCCAAGCAUAAAAAGCAUAGCUUUAGGUCCAAACGUGCAUUGCUGGAAGACACACAAGCAAGGACAGUUUCACAGACAGAUUGGACAAGCCAAACCCAAUGAUAUACUUACCUGUGACAAUGCAGGAAUGAUCUUGUGAGCCUGAAGUGCCAAGAAAGACUUGUUUUCUCAUCUCUGUGCCUUCUUAGUAUCUCAUAAGAUCUUUUAUUUUUUGUAAUUCAAGAUUGCAUCAUAUUUGCACAUACUAUGCCAACUAAGGUCCUUUAUUUUAAGCGUUGAGCACAUUUAAGCACGCACAGUACAUUGCAAUGACUCAUGCACUUUAGUUACAAUUCACUUAAUAUGUAACCUGAGAUUUGCAGUGUGUUGUCAGCUCUGAUGUUUUUUUUUUUUCUUAAGUCUUAAAGUUUCAUAAGUUGUGUAUUCAAACACUUUGUACAAACACCAGUAUUGCAGGUCAGUUUAGAAGUCAUGGUGCCUUAAAUUGUAAGUCAUUAUGUAUUUCGAAAUGAUACAUUUCUAAUGCUUGGAUGCCCCCAUGACCAUACAGUAUGUCAUCAUUUUUGAAUGAUCAUAAAAGCUGUACAGUUUACACUAAUGCAUAAUUAAAUGUAUAUAUUUUCAAAAGGUUUAUAAUGAUUUGACCUUAAACACUGAAGGCAAUACAAUUUGGUAUAUUUAAUUUAGGUGUUUUUACUAGGUUGAAAGUGGGGCAUUUUUGACAGAAGCACAAAGAAUAAAAUACAAUAUGUGGAAUGUACAUUUUGCUUUUGCAAUGUUCUCCUCAUACUGAGCCUAAAAUAUGAUUUACAAACUACAAAAUCACAUAACGUAGACUGUCACUUAAAAUGUAACAUUGAGUUCACAUCUCUUUCUAAUUCCUAAAUUGUCAUUUCACAGAUGUUUACUUGAUGUUGCUCUGAAAUUUUGCACUUUUAAUGUUCUUAAGAAAUUUGUAUGGAUUAAAAAAAGAUGGUUGUUCAUCAUGUGAGCCGAGGUAUGGUUGAUGUUUGUACAAAACUAUACUCCUAAUAAAAAAUACUCAACUUUACACAUA